UAUUUUCAAAAAAUAUCCUCCUCCUAUUUACAAGAUCCAUCUCUCUUUCCAGUAUCCAGUGUCUCUCACUGAAAUCAAAUGGCUUUCACUUGCUGGCUUUCUCGCCUACGCUCCUAUUCAAAAACCAUCACCAACCUCCGCACCUCAUUCUUCCAACAUCUCCGAACUCGAGGAGCAAACACUACAGCAAUCACCCCUCCAUAUCAUUUCUCUAAACAGAAUCCGUUCCGUUUCACCUGCUCAAACUCUCUCCUCCCUAUCACUCUCGCUGGAUCGCUCGCUAUUCACUUCCAAUCUCCGCCUCCUCUCUGCGAUGCUUCUCUCGAUUCCCCAAGCAAAGGAAUUGGAGGAAAAGGAAGCACGGAGUUUGUGGUAAAAGGAUCGCACAAGCAUUUACCACAAGAGCUUAUUGAAGAAUUAAAAGCUAUUUGUCAAGAUAACAUGAGUAUGGAUUAUGAUGAGAGGUAUUUCCAUGGAAAACCGCAACACAGUUUUCAUAAAGCUGUAAAUAUUCCGGACGUCGUUGUUUUCCCAAGGUCAGAAGAGGAAGUUUCCAACAUUAUGAAAUCUUGCGACAAACAUAAGGUUCCAAUUGUACCAUAUGGUGGAGCUACAUCAAUAGAGGGGCACACCUUAUCACCUCAUGGUGGUGUUUGCAUUGACAUGUCACUAAUGCAGAAUGUAAAAGCAUUACAUGUUGAGGACAUGGAUGUGGUUGUGGAGCCUGGAAUUGGGUGGAUGGAGCUUAAUGAAUAUCUAGAGCCUCAUGGUCUAUUCUUUCCUCUUGACCCAGGGCCUGGUGCAACAAUAGGGGGAAUGUGUGCUACACGUUGCUCGGGAUCUUUAGCUGUGAGGUAUGGAACCAUGCGAGAUAAUGUCAUUAGUCUCAAGGUAGUUCUUCCCAAUGGAGAUGUGGUCAAAACAGCUUCUCGUGCUCGAAAGAGUGCUGCAGGGUAUGAUUUGACUCGCCUGGUGAUCGGAAGUGAAGGGACCCUCGGUGUAAUAACAGAGGUCACUUUACGACUUCAGAAAAUUCCUCAGCAUUCAGUGGUUGCAAUGUGCAAUUUCCCUACAAUUAAGGAUGCAGCUGAUGUUGCCAUUGCCACUAUGCUGUCUGGUAUACAGGUGUCAAGAGUGGAGCUAAUGGACGAGGUUCAAGUGAGAGCUAUCAAUAUUGCUAAUGACAAGAAUUUACCUGAAUUUCCAACUUUGAUGUUUGAAUUCAUAGGCACAGAGGCAUAUGCACGUGAACAAACACUAAUUGUUCAGAAGAUCAUUUCUGAGCACAGGGGUUCAGAUUUUGUUUUUGCAGAAGACCCUGAAGCUAAAAAAGAACUUUGGAAGAUAAGGAAGGAGGCUCUAUGGGCUUGCUUUGCAAUGGAACCAAAAUAUGAGGCGAUGAUUUCAGACGUAUGUGUUCCUCUAUCACAUCUUGCAGAAUUGAUAUCGAGGUCCAAGAAAGAGCUGGAUGCAUCGCCAUUGAUUUGCACAGUUAUUGCUCAUGCUGGUGAUGGUAACUUUCACACUGUAAUUCUUUUUGACCCGAACCAAGAAGAUCACCGGCGGGAGGCAGAAAGAUUGAAUCAUUUUAUGGUCCAUAGUGCUUUGUCUAUGGAAGGAACAUGUACCGGAGAACAUGGAGUAGGAACAGGGAAAAUGAAGUAUCUCGAGAAAGAACUUGGAGUGGAGGCCCUGAAGACAAUGAAAAGAAUUAAAAAUGCUUUAGAUCCCAACAAUAUAAUGAACCCAGGAAAGCUUAUUCCACCCCAUGUUUGCUUUUAGGACCGCUCAUGCGGAGAUUAGGGCUGUCCCAUGCUGUCAUUCUCUAUAGGAGCUGUUUUGCCUAUCAAAAAGACAGUUUCUUAUUUAUGUGCCCAUCUGGACCAUCUUAGAGUAUCUGGUCCUGCGCAUAUUAGAAUCUUUUUAUAUACAGAAGGUUUAAAUAGGCAGCGUGCUGGGGUUAAUAGGUUCUCAAAUUGCCUAUAUUUGAUGUCUUUUUCGUCCGCCUCACAUGCGAGACACGAAUAUUCGUUUCAUGCUCGUUUUGUUUUGUUUGUUCCUUUCCAUUCUCGUAUGUAAACUAUUCUAGGGAACCUUAGACUGUAAUAAUUAUGUUUGUGCCGACAAGAGAUGAUCAUGAGAAAUGAAUAAUUUGUAAUUUGGAAACA